GUCGAUUGUUUAAUGGAUAAAAAUGAAGGAGAACCUGAAAUAAGUAAAUGAAUGGAGUAUAUGUAGAAAAAAUGGUUUGUGUUUAACCAGGAGCCAAUUAAAUACGAUUACCAUAAAAAGUAGAUAUUAGUGUGGUAAUUUAAUCAUUAAAGUUAAGAUUGAUCACGAAACCCCAAAAAAAUAUUUCAAAUUAAAAACUCUUUAAAAUUUAUUAAUGUGGCUAUUUUGUAAGAAUCAAGUAAAUCCACUUUGGUUAACUGUGACUGUAAGUAUUGCAAAAAAAUAAAAUAGAAUAAACAUUUAAUAAGAUGUGGUGUAGUAAUGAAUUUGAAUUUUGGAUUAGACUUAUAAUAAUCUUAAUUUUUAUCAUAAUUUAAUCAAAAAGAUAAGAUUGUAUAAUUUAAAGAAUUAGAUUAAGGGAAAGGAAAUUUUUGGCAAUCAUUAUUCUAUACAAGAUAUCAUGAAGAUCCAGUAUUUUAAACAUAAAAAUAAUAAAAACUAAAUUAAUAAGGUUUGUAAUAAGAGGAAUCAAUAUAUAAUUAAUAUAAGAAUUUUAUAUUAAAUAGAGAAUAAUUAAAGAAUAAUUUUUAUCCGAUUGAUGAAAAAAUAUAUCAUGAUUAUUUGAAAAUAGAUGGAGAAGUGUAGAUAAAUAGAAUGAAUAUAUUUGCAAUUGAUUGUGAAAUGGUUUAGACAGAAAAUAAAUUAGAACUGGCAAGAGUUUCAAUAGUAGAUUAUAAUUAUUAAGUUGUACUUGAUAUAUUAGUAAAACCAUAAACUAAGAUUCUAGAUUAUAAUACAAGGUAAUUUAAAUGAAAUAAUUAAUACAAUAGAUAUAGUGGUAUAACUGAAGAUAUGUUGAGUAAUGUGACAGUAACAUUGUCAGAAGCAUAAAAAAUUGUGAAAUCAAUAUUAGAUAAAGAUUCGAUUUUGAUAGGACAUUCUUUAGAAAAUGAUUUGAAUGCAUUGUAAAUUAUGCAUUAUAAAUGUGUGGAUACAAGUGUACUUUACAUGACAGAAAGUAACAGAAAAUUAUCACUUAAAAAUUUAGCGUAUAAAUAUUUAAAUUUAAGUAUUUAAAAAGUAAAAAAAUUUUGUUGAAAAUAUUUAUAGGAUACACAUGAUUCAAAUGAGGAUGCUAAAAUUGCAUUGUCUCUUGCUAAACUUAGAAUAGAAAUUUUGGAUCAUUUUUCUAGUGCUUUAUUUACAUAAUAAAAUUAAGCUGUUCCAGAUGUCUUAAUAUAACUUAAAAAGUUAGGUGGUAUACAUUUAGUGGAAUCUAAAUAAGAAGUAGAAUUCUUAUUAAAAUUUGAUGUUGGUUUUGAAGAUGUAGAGUAAAUUAAUGAUGAAAAAAGUAUAAGAACCUAUAAAUAACAUAGAAAUGUUAAGAAUGUCUGAAUUGCUUAAAUAAAGAAAUGCAAAUGCUGUCAAUCCAAAAUUAAUUUUUGCAUAAAUAUACAAUAAUUUUGAGCAAUUUGAAUCUUAUUUUUAGAAUAUGUAUAAUUAGGCACCUUCAUAAACAAGUAAUUUUUUACAUUAAUUUUUAAGUAUUUAUACUGUCAAUUGGAGGAGAAUAACAAUAAUUUUUGUUAAUUACAAAAUGA